CAACGAAAUCUCUAGAUUCAUGAAAUAAGAAACUAUUAAGAUGGCAUUUUCGUCCAUCAUCACUCUCACUAAAUACCCAAAUUUCUUUUCCUCUUCAUUUUCUUCCUUCCGCCAAAUCAGAAGAUUUCUCACACCAACGAGUUUCAAAUCCAUGGCUGCUGCUUCUUCGGCAUCAAUCCAGGAAACGAUAACCGCACCUUACGGCUCAUGGAAGUCUCCACUUACUGCUGACAUCAUCUCCGGCGCCGAUAAACGCCUUGGCGGCACCGCUGUCGACGGAAAUGGCAACCUCUUCUGGCUCGAAUCUCGUCCAACAGAGUCAGGGCGUUUAGUGAUUGUUAAGGCGCCUGAGAAGAUAGGUGAUGAACCGGUUGAUAUUACACCUAAAGAUUUCUCUGUCCGAACUGUUUGUCAAGAGUAUGGCGGUGGUGCUUUUAACAUUUCGGGAGAUAAGAUAAUCUUCUCGAAUUAUAAAGAUCAAAGACUUUACCAGCAAUCGAUCAAAUCUAAUGCGGAUGCUUUUCCUGUUCCUAUUACUCCGGAUUAUGGUGAACCGUCGUUAGUUAACUAUGCUGAUGGAGUGUUUGAUUUGCGCUUCAACCGGUAUAUUACAGUGAGGGAAGAUGGUCGUAAGGACAGGCUGAACUCAACUACAACUAUUGUUACUAUUAAUCUCCAGGAGAAGAAUAUCUCAGAGCCUGAAGUAUUAAUUAGUGGCAACGACUUCUAUGCGUCCCCACGUUUGGACGCGAAAGGCGAACGACUGGCAUGGAUAGAAUGGGGUCACCCUAACAUGCCAUGGGACAAAUCAGAGCUUUGGGUUGGUUAUAUUUCUGAUAAGGGAGAUGUCUAUGAACGCGUUUGUGUUGCUGGUGGUGAUCCUGCAAUCAUAGAGUCACCAACUGAACCUAAGUGGUCCUCUAAAGGUGAAUUGUUUUUCAUCAGUGAUAGAGAAAAUGGAUUUUGGAAUAUUUAUAAAUGGGAUCAACUUCUGAACAAGGUAGUGCCUGUCUAUUCUAUGGACGCCGAAUUUACAAAACCCUUAUGGGUAUUUGGUAUCAGUUCUUAUCAGAUUCUUCGGUGUAAUGAGCAACACACCUUAAUUGCUUGCAGUUAUAGGAAGAAUGGGCGAUCUUUUGUUGGUAUUCUGGAUGAUACCAAGAAUACAUUAACCCCAUUGGACAUUCCCUUCACAGAUACAAAUAACAUAGCAUUGGGAGUCAAUGAACUAUAUGUGGAGGGAGGUUCGGCUAUACUUCCAUUGUCAAUAGCUAAGGUGACUUUGGAUGCUCAACUGUCAAUUCCAACUGAAGUCAGUAUUGUUUGGUCUUCUUCACCUGACAGCAUAAAGUACGAAUCAUAUUUUAGCUUGCCAGAGUUGAUUGAAUUUCCAACUGAGGUUCCAGGCCAGAAUGCCUAUGCCUUUUUCUAUCCACCAAACAACCCACAUUAUCAAGCCAGUGGAGAGAAACCUCCUCUUUUAGUGAGGAGCCAUGGAGGACCCACAGCUGAGACCCGUGGAAUACUGAAUCUCAGUUACCAGUAUUGGACUAGUAGGGGCUGGGCAAUUGCUGAUGUUAAUUAUGGUGGAAGCACUGGUUAUGGUCGGGAAUAUCGAGAAAGACUUCUUGGGCAAUGGGGAGUGGUUGAUGUCAAUGAUUGCUGCAGCUGUGCCAAAUUUUUGGUGGACAGUGGUAAAGUAGACGGUGAAAGAUUAUGCAUAGCUGGUGGUUCUGCUGGUGGAUACACAACAUUAGCAGCUCUUGCAUUUAAAGACACGUUUAAAGCUGGAGCUUCUAUGUAUGGUAUACCAGACUUGCAGUUGAUGAGGGAAGAGACUCAUAAAUUUGAAUCCUGUUACAUUGAUAAUCUUGUUGGAAAUAAAGAGAAUUAUUUUAAGAGGGCGCCUAUCAAUUUUGUUGAUCAAUUCUCCUGCCCUAUAAUUUUGCUACAAGGGCUGGAAGAUAAGGUCGUUCCACCCAAUCAAGCUCAGAUAAUCUACCACGCUUUAAAGAAAAGGGGACUACCAGUUGCUCUGAUUGAAUACGAAGGAGAGGGGCAUGGUUUUCGCAAUGCCAAGAACAUAAAAUCUGCUCUAGAACAACAAUUUGUGUUCUUUGCACGCACUGUUGGAGGGUUUAGUGUUGCGGAUGAUAUUACUCCUGUCAAAGUUGAUAAUCUCGACUAAGGAUGGAUGGAUUAUAGGUAUGUACCUAUGGAUUAUCUUUGUAUUCAAGAAUUGCUGAAUUUCGACAAUUUGAAUAAAUUGAUUUUCUUGAAUACACUACUAUUUCUAUUUUUAUAUUAAAUGUAUUUGGAUCCA